AAUUAGGGACGUGUAACUGCAAACGGCUAAAAACUGCCAGGUUUUGUGAUCGCUUAUUAUUCAAGCUUCUCAAAAAUGUUAAAAGCAAUAAUUUUGAUUGGUGGUCCCGAAAAAGGUACUCGUUUCCGGCCUCUUUCGCUGGACACGCCGAAACCACUGUUUCCGGUGGCAGGCAAACCCAUAAUUCAGCACCACGUAGAGGCUUGUAUUCGUAUCUUAGGUCUCAAGGAAAUUCUUAUACUGGGGUUCUAUCCGUGCUCGCAGAUGCAGCAAUUCGUGAGCAAUAUGCAAAAUCUGUAUGAUGUCAAUAUUCGCUAUCUGCAGGAGUUUACUUCACUUGGAACGGCCGGUGGAAUGUAUCAUUUUAGGGAUCAAAUUCGGUCCGGCAAUCCGAGUGCCUUUUUCGUUCUGAACGGUGACGUUUGUGCAGAUUUUCCCCUGCAAGAGCUUUAUGACUUUCACACGAGCAAGGGCGAGAAAGCGUUGGUUUCAAUCAUGGGCACAGAAGCAACACGCCAGCAAGCCGUCCACUAUGGCUGCCUAGUGCUUGGUAAAAACGAAGAGGUCACACACUAUGUCGAAAAGCCACGUUCCUACGUUUCGACUCUGAUUAACUGUGGUGUGUACGUUUGCUCCUUGGAAAUUUUUGGCCGCAUGGGAAACGUAUUUCAUUCAAAACAGUUGGAUUACAAUACACUACACAACGGCAACGGCAGAGACGUUGGGCAUAUCCAACUAGAACAGGAGAUACUAACUCCGCUAGCCGGUACUGGAAUGAUGUUUGCCCUGCCAGUGACAAAUUGGUGGUCUCAAAUUAAAACCGCUGGAUCGGCGAUAUACGCCAAUAGACACUUUUUGGCAUUGUAUAAAAACACUCAUCCCGAACGGCUGGCAAAUCCGGGAACCAAAACUUCCGAGGAAAGCAAUGGUGCCUUGAUUUGCAACAUCGUUCCAGACGUUCAUAUUCAUCCGACUGCAUCAGUACAUCCAACUGCCACGCUUGGCCCAAAUGUAUCAAUUGGCCCAGGAGUCGUUAUCGGACCAGGUGUACGAAUCCGGGAGUCCAUUAUUCUCGAAAACGCAGUCAUCAAAGAUCACACUCUGGUUCUACAUAGCAUUGUGGGACGUAGCUCACAAAUCGGUAUGUGGGCUCGAGUAGAGGGAACACCAAGCGACCCGGAUCCUAAUAAACCAUUUGCGAAAAUGGAAAAUCCUCCGCUGUUCAACAGCGACGGCCGUUUGAAUCCUUCAAUCACUAUUCUCGGAUAUGCAGUUAGUGUACCAUCCGAGAUGAUCCUUCUCAAUUCAAUUGUUUUGCCACACAAAGAGCUGACGCGAAGUUUUAAGAAUGAGAUUAUAUUGUAAAUUUUAGUAAAAUACAUCUAGUGAACCAGUUUAUUUUAAAUAGA